AUGUCCAAUCCAAAGAAGGUCAUCGAGGCCUUCAAAUCUAGACUCCCAGCGUUCUACCAUCAAUGUAGCCCCCUGGUUGACCCUUUGAUAUCCUUUCUGGUCAACAGUGUCUACAUUGAUCUCCAAGAUAACGACCUUCCUCGGUGGAGUUCUCUUGAGACACAGCAACAGAGGGAACUCCGCCAAAAGAUUGUCGGGUAUCUGAUGACCGGGCUGCGUCAGGAAUACCAAUGCACCUUCUUCGAUGACAACCUUGAUGAAGACAUAUUUACUGUCGUUCUGUAUUGGUACUUGAAAGACCCUUCGGCCGAGCUUGUACAACAAACCAUGGGAAAGAGAGAAGAGGCAAUGCGAGCAGCGCGGAGCUUGGCUUACUGCAAACCAAUUCCUCCUAUCGCCAUUCCGAAAGAACCUUUUUUCGACCCUGAUUCAUUCUAUGGGGAGCGAGAUUCUGAAACAGGGGCCCUUGUGGAGGGGAGAUUUGAAUUGUCCUCUGAAGACGAGGAAGUAAAAAAGAGCAAUUCGAAACAGGGAAGGGGCCACCCAGGCGCUUAUAAGGAGAUUUUCGUAGCUAGAACGACCACCCCAUUCCCUAUUGAUCAUGUCCCGAUAUCUCUUAAAUCACCCACCGACGACGAAUCACCCACCGACGACGAAGAUGUCGACGACGGAGAUGCCGAUGGAAAAAAGAGCUAUGAGAGUGAACUAGCUGCCCAAAAAGAGCUAAAUAAAAAAUACAAAAAAUAUCUAGCUCGGAGUGACAGGUACGCCCGGCUAAACCAACAGGUGGAAGAGACCGUUACCCUAAUGGAUGAGCCCAUGAAGAGACUAGGUGGGUUUGACUCUGGUCGUAUUCUUACCCAUAUGUUACAGAAAACAGACGAAAAACACCACGCUCGAUAUGGAGGAAUCCUAAGCCGACGAUAUCCUAAAAACCGCUCUGACCUCUAG